AUGGACUACGACCACGACGAACAACGCAAUAGUCGGGGCUCAGGGCCACGUAUUAUACAACGAAAUGCCGAUGGAUUCUUCGCUCCUCCUGGUGCUUCAACUCCAGACCAAAGUCAAUCGGGGAGAAGUUCAAAUAGCGGUGGAUCAGUAGGAGGAGGAGGCAGGCAGCGCAGCUUAUCUACAGGUCGUUCCGAUGGUUCAGGAGGCAUUAAAGUCGGUCAGGCUGAAAUGAGUUAUAUAUCGGCUUCUACCUCUUCUGCUCAAGCCGUCACUCGAUCAUCCUCACGAACGGGAUCUUAUAGUGAUGUUGGCAGCAAUGUUAGCAGUAUUGAGCGCCGUCAACCAUCUGCUCCUCCCAUGCCCCGUAUCCCCGAACAAGUAGAUCGAAAAACAUCGUCAAAUAUGUCGCUAGAUGAACGAUUAGCUCUACGUCAACGAGAACGUGAAGAACGCGAAGGUAGCGGCCCUCGUAAUAUCACACCUGUAGAAUAUAGACAGCAAGUAGGUGGUAUGGCCGGAGUGCCUCCUCCAGCUUCAGCGUCAGGAGGAUACCGUGCAGCGGUUCGUAAAGAAUCAGACGAGAAUAUGAAUGGUAGUGCUAGUGGUGGAACUCCACCAAGACCAUACUCUCGUAAUCGUGGAAGAACACCAGAACCGGGUCAAUGGCAGGCUGAUCCAGAUCCGCCACCAAUGCCAACCCAAAAUCUGGAACCAGUAGAUGAAAAAAUCAUAGUGCCCGAUUACGUGACUGCUUUAAUCCGUACGUUACGAUCAGACAAGACCAAAACGGCCACUCCAGACGAUUUCCUGACUCGAGAUGGCUAUGCUCAAUGGAUGGAAACAGUGCGAGAUGAAUUCCAGUUUGUGAUUGCUGAAUUGUUACGUGGACGAUACCUGUUAGGUCCACAAGCUGUAAAGGGUGAUAUCACAAAACCGAAACGAGCUCGUAUAGAUGCUAAACUAAAAUUCAAAGUGCUGAGAGCUAAAGGAUUGUGUGCUAAAGAGGGGAAAGCUAGAGAUGCAUUUUGUUGCAUCGAGGUUGGAACCAUUCCGUUUCCAGACCCAAACCCCUACAAGAAGGUCAAGGACAAGGACAAGGAAAUGUUCUUGACUGAAGCCGUAGAAGGCUCAAACAAUCCUGAAUGGAACGAGCACAUGAUAGUACAAGCCAGAUCCAUCACAGACAAGGUGCUACUCUCAGUGUGGGAUAAGAAGAAGGACUACUUUUUAGGAAUGGUUAGCAUCCCUGUAUACGAUCUAGUCCAAGCCUCUCAACGAGACAAGGGCGUAGUAGGUCGCAGAUAUACUCUCGGCCCACGUCCAGGUCGAAAAGACAAGUACGUUGGUGGUGACAUUUUCAUAGAGGCCAUGAUCACCGACGCUGAACCGGAAGAUAUCGAAUCUCCAUCCUCACGAAACCCAACCGAAUUCCUCACACAACAAAUAUAUAACUGCCACGUCAAUCUCCGUGUAAUGUACAAAACCUUAUUACGAGCAUGUCUAGUCCUUGAUGUUAAUACUAUGGGUAACGAAGUGACGGAAACCACCACUGAACUGCUAGGAGAAGAAUCUAAAGCACUGUUAAAAGUGUUUGGGAGAAUGUGGAAUAUUGGUGAUGCAUUUAUGGUUAUUGCUAAUUUGGAAAUGCUCUUCAUCAUGUACAAGGAAUUCCAACUUCCGACUGGUUCCCUGUUGACUGCUUAUGAAGUCUUGUAUGAUGCCAUGAAGUACAACAGGAAUUGGUUGUCACGGCAUGAGAAACCCAUGCUGGUGGAACUAUUAGAUGACAUGCAUCUUUAUUACAAACAGCAAGUCAGCAAUUACAAGGACCAUUUCCCCAAAAACACGCCCAGAAGAGCAUUAGAAACAACCAUUUUAAUGCUUCGGAUGAUUCACAAGAAUACGACAUUCCGUGAAUCUCAUCCAGACCUCCCAGAAUCCUUCCGUGAAGAAUUACGGAAGAUUAUGAUGGAGGCUUCCAUAGCUCGAUUCCAGAAGCAUCGACAACUCAGUUUGCCAUUGAGUGAUGAUGACUCUGAAGCAGUUAUUGGUGGUAUAUCUCAGUUGGCUGAUAUGCUGGUCGAUGACAUUGAGGUGGAUGUCAAGCACUUUACGAAGCCCUUUGAGAAGGAGGUGGACAUUGCCAUGUUAACAGCAGACAGCUUCCUCAAAUACUUUGUCAUUGAGUUGGAGAACAAUUCUGAAACCUUUGCCAGUGACGAAUCUGUGGAGUACAGUAAAUCCAUGUUUGAAUUGUACAAGAAGGUCAAGAACAUGGAGAAGCAGCUCAAUAAGAUGUUACCAUCGAUCAAGGCCGACUUGAAUGUAGAACGAUGGUUCGCUCCAUUCGUCAUGAAAUGGCUAGAGCAUUUAUCAGAACGUACAGCAAUAUGGGUCAAUAAUGCUAUUGCUGCUGAUCGGUUUGAACCAGUAACUGAUGGUCACCUCAACCAAGACGGUGAUCCGCCACUAUAUUCAUCAUCCAUUACUGAUCUCUUCACCGCUGUGUAUUCCGAAUUGGAAUUCUUGGUCGAACUAGGCUGGUCUAAUGCCGUCCAGAAUGCCAGUUUCUUCCAACGAUUCGCACAAACUGUAAAUCGAGCCAUUGAGCAAUAUUGUGAUGCUAUGGGUACUGGUGAAAUCAAAGAAAAAGAUGGCGGUGGUAGUUCAGCAAGUGGUGCUGGUGCUAUAGCUAGUUUAACUGCUAGAGAGUUAUUAGCACCACUCAUGUCACAAUCGAAGCAAAUUCGAGAAGUCACUGUACAAUCUUGUGUCAAGUUAUCUAAUAUCGAGUAUGCUGAUACCAAGUUGGAGCAAAUGUAUUCAGAUAUGAAUGUAGCUACCUUAACGAAAACCCAAAGGAAUUAUCGGCAGUCUAUGGCACCUGCUGCUAGAAGAGGGCAAGAGAGAUAUACCUCUAGGAUGACAUCUGGUAUUUCCUCCGUCUUGUCGUCGUCGUCAACAGAAGAUGCCGUAUCCGGUACAUUUAAAAUCCAACUAGCCUUUGGUGAGAACUUGAAACCAUCCUCGGCUCGUACAGGUCUCGCAUCCCCAUAUAUAGCUAUAAAAGUACCUGAUGGCACUGUCAAAUCCCCUGAUUCGGCCAUAGUUGAUCAACCUGUAUCAGCACUUGUAAAGGUCAGCCCGAUAAAGAAGGCUGGUAUAGUAGAUCCAUCCCAAUCCAUAGUAUUACGAGGUCGAGAUUGUGAAUUGGCGAGAUCUCGAUAUGUAGCCGAUACCGUAAACCCAGCAUGGGAUGAAGCCUUCCAAGUCAUGCUACCUCCUGUAACCCGACUUGAAAUAAUAGCCUAUUCACGAAACUUGAUGAUGUCUGAUGAAGAAUUAGGACGUGCUAGUAUAAAUUUAAGUGCUACGUCUGCUUUGAAGGCUGCUUUAUUGGAUCAUAUGACGCAUGAUGUUUGGGUUGAAUUGGAGCCACAGGGUCGUGUAUUGUUGAGAUUGACAUUGGAAGCUGAGGAAGAAGAUGUCGAGUUUUGGUUCAGACGGUCGAAAGAGAGAAUGGGGAGAACCAAGAACGAUUUUGUGAGAGCGCUUUGCUCAAGGAUUGCACCUGUAGCUAAAGACAUUAUAUCAAAGGCGUUGAAAGCUCAUGAAGCUGCUCCGCUACCACCAAACACGAAUCUGUCUCGUCUAGCACAAAUGACGGGAAUGGCUGCAACCCAAUACACCGAUAAAACAGUCAGUGGAGCAUCUAUAGACGUCAAAGUCCCACCACAUGAAGCCGAACAAGCUAUAUCCCCCUUAACCGACUAUCUAAAUAAAAACUUGGAGACAUUAGCCGUGAAUCUAUCAACCAAAAUGGCUCAAGAUGUAAUUAUGGCUACAUGGCAUGAAGCUCUCAACGUAAUCGACAGUGUCAUGAUUCCACCAUUAUAUGGAGCUAUAGAACGAGAUCGACGCUUCUUAAACAAGCGUCAAUUAUCGGUUGCUGAGACGUGUCUCCGAGUAUUAAGAGACUUCUUCCAUGCUGAUGGAGAAGGACUAGGACUACCCAUUCGAGUAUUAGAGACCACGAGAUAUAUACAGGUGCAGACGCUUAUACAAGUGUAUAUGAAUGACUCGGCACGUAUCAAGCGGGAGUAUGAGUUGAGUCUCCUCAAGGGCCAAGAAAAGAUGUAUCUUUUGAGGCUCAUGAGAGUGCGGGUUGAAUGUGAUGGAUGGGAGAAGAAGACUGAAGAUAAGAUUUGUUAA